AUGUCGGUCUGGAACCCCGAUAACAUCCGCGAUGUUGCCGAGUCGGUGGGGAUCGUCAACCUCAACAACGAUGUGACCGAGAACCUUGCCCGUGACGUCGAAUACCGCAUCGCGCAGGUCCUGGAAGAAGCCCUCAAAUUCAUGCGCCACAGUCGACGGACGUUGCUCUCAACACAGGAUAUCGCGCAAGCCUUGCGCGUGCUCGAUGUCGAGCCACUCUACGGAUAUGAAUCCACGCGACCCUUACGGUUCGGGGAGGCGUCGUUGGGACCUGGACAACCGCUGUUCUACGUGGAGGACGAGGAGGUGGACUUCGAAAAGUUGAUCAACGCGCCGUUACCCAGAGUGCCCCGAGAGAUCUCGUUUACAGCGCACUGGCUCGCCGUUGAAGGAGUACAACCGUCCAUCCCUCAGAACCCUACCGCGGCCGACUCGAGAAACCUCGAAUUGAUGUCUAAAGGUCCGAAUGCUAGCUCGACGCUCGCGGCUAUGAGUGGAGGGGGCAACGUGGCCGUCAAACCGCUGGUCAAGCAUGUCUUGUCCAAGGAACUCCAGCUCUACUUCGAAAAAGUCUGCAACGCCUUCCUGGACGAUUCUAGCGAAGAAUAUCGCACAUCAGGCUAUGCCAGCCUACGAGAGGACCCGGGACUGCACCAGCUGGUCCCAUACUUUGUUCAGUUUAUUUCCGAGAAGGUGACCCAUGGUCUGAAGGAUAUCUUUGUCCUUACGCAGGUCAUGCACAUGGCGGAGGCCCUCGUGCAGAACAAAUCACUAUAUGUUGACCCCUAUAUCCCAUCGCUUGUCCCGCCCAUUCUCACCUGCCUGAUCGCCCGACAACUGGGCGGCAGCGCUGAGCUGACCGAGCAGUUUGCCCUCCGUGAUCUCUCCGCAUCGCUCCUGGGUCUCAUUGCCAAGAAGUACUCGCAUUCCUCUCAUACGCUCAAGCCGCGACUUGCUCGCUCAUGCCUUAAGACGUUUUUGGAUCCAUCCAAGCCAUUUGGGGCGCAUUACGGCGCCAUCAUUGGCCUUCAUGCGGUUGGCGGUGCAGAGGCGGUGCGGGUUCUGAUUCUGCCUAACCUGCCGACCUACGGGAACCUGUUGAAGGACGGAAUGGCGGAGGACAGCCCACGGCGACCGGAGGCCGAGAGAGUUCUUAUGGUUUUGAUGGGGGUUCUGGCAACGUUGCGGGAAGGACGCACGGCCCUCACCAAUGGGCACGGGGGCGUAGUCACGGAAGACCUGCGGGAGCGACUGAGUGGGAAAGUGGGUGACUUUCUGGCGGCGAAGAUCAAGGACGUGGGGGAGAUCAAAUCAGCUGUUGAGGAGUCUGCCAGCCUACAACAAUAUACCUUAUCUAGACUUCUCAAGCCCGUUCCUGCAUCUCCCUCCAAUUACGUAUGCCCCCCCCUGCCCCUCUUUCUCUCCCUCUAUCCUGCAAUUCCCGGUUCGACUUGUUUCCUUUCUCUGACCGGUCCUUUUUUUUGCCAGAUACUCUCGUCUGCUAGACCCGAUACUUUGAACGGUAUCGGAAUCUUCCAGAACGGGAGACCCGAGAAGCUCCUUGAGGUCUGGUUUGCGCCUUCCGCCCAAGAGCUGGGAUCUGCUGGUCCCGCCGGCCUGAAGGCCGUGCCCGAGGAAAUCUGGAAGGAUAUGCUGGAUCUCGUCAACUGCCAAGUGCUCUCCAUUGUGUCGUCCGAGGAUGUGGACGCUUACCUCUUGUCCGAGUCCAGCAUGUUUGUCUGGCCUCACAAGUUGAUUCUCAAGACUUGUGGCACCACUACCUUGUUGUCUGGCUUGCCCCGCAUUCUCGAGAUCGCCACUCUGUUUGGCGGCUUCCCGCGCGCUGCGGCGCCCUCGCGUGGCAUUUCCGUUGCUGCGGCGCCCUACCGCGUUUUCUACAGUCGCAAGAACUUCCUGUUCCCGGAUCGCCAGCGCGGUCCUCACCGUAGCUGGAGAGACGAGGUUCGGACCAUGGACCGACUAUUCCUGAACGGUAGUGCCUACAUGAUCGGCAAGAUGAACGGCGAGCACUGGUACUUGUACCUGACUGAGCCUAACACCAUGCUCACCCCUCCUGCGAGUCCCAAGGCGGAUGACGAGGAGAUGACUGAGACCAAGAUUCUCAGUGUGCCCAGCCAUGCUGUCAUCCCGGGAGCUGAGGCUAUGGAUGAGACUUUGGAGGUGCUGAUGACUGACCUGGAGGAGGAGAACGCGAAGCAGUUCUACCUGGACCAUGCUACUGCAGUGGCAGAGAAGCGGUACCGCAACUUUGAAACCGACAAUGAUGACCCAGUGGAUGUCUUCAGCAACAACUCCGACAUGGACGAUGUGUCCUCCUCCGACGGGAGCCGCAUCCUGCCACCGGAGCUGACCACCGAGGGUCACGCCUUGGGUACUGUGGUGUCGGAGUCGUGCGGCCUGUCUGAUGUUUACCCGAAGUCCACAUUCCCGGAGUCCCGCAUUGACGCCUACUUGUUCACUCCCUGCGGAUUCUCGGCCAACGGUGUGAUCCCAUCGCCCGACCAGACCACUGGCACUCACUACUUCACGGUGCACGUCACGCCUGAGCCGCAGUGCUCGUAUGCGUCGUUUGAGACCAAUGUGCCUCACUCGCAGAAUGGCCAGACCACUGCGGGGAUCAUCCAACAGGUGGUGAACAUCUUCAAGCCGGGCCGGUUUACCGUGACCCUGUUCGAGGCCAAGCCCGAGUUGCCCGUGGUUGAGGGCGAGUGGGACAGCAUCAAAGAGGCCAAGUACUUUGAGCGACAGCUGCUGCGCCGAACCUCCAAGAUGGAGCAUGUGGAGGGAUACCGGCGGGUGGACCGGAUUGUGCAUGACCUGGACGGAUACGACCUGGUGUUCCGCUACUACGAACGUCUUGACUGGAAAGGGGGGGCCCCCAGGCUCGGAGAAGAGCGCGUCUGA